CGACAAUCAACGAUAGGAAGAAUGGCCCGAGAGUCAGAUCAUCGAGGAUAAUAUGAUUCGCACAAUUGAACCCCAGAAGAAUGGACGGCUAAUAGUCGAUAGUGUAAACACACCGCCCUCCUUACAUCUUCACCCCGCCUCCAUUUUCGUAGCCUCCCAUGCGAAAUGGAGGCGGGGUGGGAGGCGACAUGAUGGCGUUAUCUCGAUGGUCUUCUCCAUUCACCGCAUGGGGAAUAGAGGCAUUAUCCGUGGUCAGUCCACCCUUGGAGGGUUGGCUGGUGUGGGGGAUGGGGAUGGACGGAUCUUCGCCUGGUUGCUUGCAUGCCUCCGGUCCAUAGCCCCGUUAAUCUGGGUUUCCAUCAGGCUUCGAGCAGGACUGAAUUCCCCGGCGAGGCCGACAGAUGGAUGGAUUCUGGUUGAUGAUUGGUUGUUCCAUGAUUCUGACAGCAUUCUUAGAGGUGGGAGGUCUAUCUCCGGGGGUGGAGUUGGAAGCGAAGCAUUCUCUGCCCACAUUCUGGAAUCUAUGAUUCCAAAUCAUGAAAUUCCUGUUCUGUCCCUUGAUGGUAAGGCAUCAAACGUUACUCCUGACAGACGGAUCAUUAUCACGGAAUGUGAACAAUUCCAAAUCAUUAUCUCAAGCAGAAUCCCCAGACUCAGGAGCAUGUCCCAACAGUGAAGACAACCAGAAUCACCGAGAGAAUCAAUCCAAGAUAGGAUGAGCACGGACGCUCGGGAAGCG